GACUCGCGGAAAUGAGUCGUAUUCCAUCACUGCUACGCGUCUCCCAGCCACCAGGGAGCGAUAUCGAGCGCUUCUGAAUGAUUUUUCUUCGGCUCUCGGCGAAGCACAGGAGCAGUACACGCGUGUUUCCGCACAUGUGUAGAUUUAUUAGUUUAAAUAUAGUUGUGUUGUAUUUAUCGACACAACGCUGACGAUGCCUGCGUCUGUAAACAAGAAAAGAAACGGCGAAGAUGCUGUUGCAAAGGCAGAAGCUCUCGAUAAUGAAGAGGACUCUCCCAUUGUGAGCCGCACACGGAGCGGUCUCAGACUACGGACACCCGCGGCCAAAACCCCCGUCCGCCGGACCAGAAAGUCUGUUGUGUUAGAAGAUCCGGCAGAAAGCACCCAGUCUCGGCAGGAAUCACCACCCGAUGAAUGUACAGCAGAUACUAAAGGCGAUCAGUGCAGUUCAGAGACAGAACCAGUGUGUCCAGAUGUAUCUACAUCAGCAGAUGUCAGCCAAGAGUCAGUGUCAGACACUGCAGGCUUGAUAGGGUCAGAUCAGACCAGUGAGAAGGAAAAUGUGGUAAAUAAUACAGAGACUGAAUCUACUGGUCCCAUUGACCCCAAGAAAAGGGCCAAAAAAAGAACUCACUCAGAAUCCAGUGAGAAGAAAAUUAUGAUAAUACCUCUUGGGAAACCUAAGUCUGGAAGAGUAUGGAAAGACCGAAAUAAGCAAAGGUUCUCUGCUCUGUUGAGAGACAAACCUCUGCGUACUUCAUGGGAAAAGAAGAUGGAGGCCAAGAGAGAGAAGCAGCUUGUGAAGCAGUACCAACAACAGCUGAAAGAUGAGCAGGCCAGAGAGAAAGAGGAUAAAAAGAAGAGGAGAGCAGAAAACCUGAGAAGACGAGCAGAAAAUGAAAGAAAAUCAGAGAUUGUGCAAGUGAUUAAGAAUACAGCAAAGAUCAAGAGAAUGAAGAAGAAACAGCUGAGGAAGAUUGAGAAAAGAGACACGCUCCCGAUGGUGCAGAAAACACCACCUAGUGUCAAGAAGGGUUCGGGGAAAACAAACAGCAGCUUGUAAAGAGUUUCAACACAGACUGAUGUGAAUCUCAUCAGACUUGCUGUCAUUGAUUUAAAUGUUCAAUGCCCAUUGAAUGAACUGGCAUGACCUCACUAUGGAAGAGACAUUGUGGUAGUGUAAGAAUUUUGGAUCUGUGACUGUUUUACAGAUCAGUAAUUAUGAAAAAAUGCCACUGAGAGGUUUGUGUAUCUGCUUUAAUCUCUGGGUCUGAUGUAAUAUUUGUACAGCAAAUUGAAACACAAAUGAGCUUAGUUUUAAUAUACAUAUUUUUCCCAUCACAUUUUAUGUGAAUGAGUUUAUCCGAUUGUCGCAUGAAAAAAACAAUUCUAAUAAAUGUCUUUAUACAUCCUUACUCGGUCAAUUUGUUUCUAGUACUUGUAUGUCAUUUAUAUUUUUGGUAUUGUUUUAUAGUACAUUAGAAAGGUUUCAUUUUCAAAAUUUCUGACUUUUCACUUGGUUAGAUAUGGUAAUGUUUAUCUAGCCAAGCUGCUUACACUUUCAGUAUCACUGGUCAUUUUACAUGGUGUGGUGAAAUGAUUGGUAUUUUUUAGUCCCAAGCAGUAAACUUACUCGUAGUCCUGCAAGGCAAAAAUCUAAUGUUUAGGACUGGUGAUUUAAAUCUAUGCUCUUCA